AAUAAGGCGCACAGUAUCAUUCAGGGAGUGAGAAGUAUGGCGUCGUGUUUGAGGAAGGCUGCUCAUGCUAUUGAUGUAAGAACGCGAACAGACGAUGUCCUCUCUUCGAGUGGAGUGGAGUUCAGCUCCUUACUGCUUUCUAAACCUGUUCUGAAGGGUUUGGAAGCUUCCGGGUUUCAGAGACCUUCACCAAUCCAACUGAAGGCGAUUCCACUGGGGAGGUGUGGACUGGAUCUUAUUGUUCAGGCUAAAUCUGGCACAGGAAAGACCUGUGUGUUCUCCACCAUUGCCCUGGACUCCCUGAUACUGGAAAAUGCUGCCACUCAGGUCCUUGUUUUGGCUCCGACCAGAGAGAUUGCUGUGCAGAUCCAUGCAGUAGUGAUGGCGAUAGGCAGUGCCAUGGAGGGACUGGAGUGCCACGUGUUUAUUGGUGGACGACCUGUGAGUCAGGACAAACUCCAUCUGAAGAAAUGUCACAUUGCUAUUGGAUCACCAGGUCGUAUAAAGCAGCUGAUCGAGUUAGGAGCUCUGCUGACAGCGAGUAUCCGUCUGUUUGUUCUGGAUGAGGCGGAUAAACUGCUGGAGGAAGGCAGCUUCCAAGAGCAGAUCAACUGGAUCUUCUCCUCUCUGCCGGCGAAUAAACAGAUGCUGGCACUCUCAGCAACUUACCCAGAAUCCUUAGCAAAGCAUCUGUGCAGGUACAUGAGGGAGCCGACAUUUGUGCGACUGAACCCCACUGAUCCCGGACUCCUAGGUCUGAAGCAGUUCUAUAAGCUGGUGCACGCUCAUGCCCUGCCUCAUAAGAUCUUUGAGGAAAAGGUGCAGAAUCUGCUAGAACUGUUCAGUAGAGUUCCCUUUAACCAGGCACUGGUCUUCUCCAAUCUGCAUACAAGAGCGCAGCACUUGGCUGAUGUGCUCUCCUCCAAAGGCCUGCCUGCAGUCUGCAUCUCGGGUAGUUUGAGUCAGGAACAGAGGCUGGAGGCGAUGUCUAAGCUAAAGCAGUACCAAUGUCGAGUUCUUAUCUCCACUGAUUUGACAUCACGGGGUAUAGAUGCAGAGAAAGUGAACUUGGUGAUUAAUCUGGAUGUGCCUCAGGACUGGGAGACAUACAUGCACAGGAUUGGUCGCGCCGGACGCUUUGGAACUCUGGGGAUCGCUGUAACAUACUGUUGUCACGGAGAAGAAGAGAACAAAAUGAUGGCCAUUGCUCAGAAGUACGGCCUGGCUCUUAGCCCCUUACCAGAUCCAAUCCCAGCUGGGCUAAUGGAAGAACCGUGUGAUUGGAAUGUGAUUGUUCAGCCUCCUUCAAAAAAUGACCUUGGCCUUUCCCUUGGAUCCAAUGUAAGAAAAAAACGGCCCAAAUCUGAGCAGGCAGUCUCCAAAUCCCCCAAAGAGCCUAGGAACACACUUCUCACUAAAGAGCAGACUGAUUGUCACAGUCCAGCUAGAACCCAAAAAUCUAAUACUGACAGGAACAAGGUUAAUAAACCUGUCACUGCCCCUGACCACUUAGCCAGUGCUGAAAAUCUAGAGCCUCAUCCAGCUCUUACGAGAGAGGAAAUGCAGGAGGCCCUUCCCAAAAUCCCUCCCCUGCCCUCUUUUAAACCCCAAGCAGUGAGACCGAUUUCCUUCGCUGAGGCCAUGGCUGACUUUGAGAACUUUAUGACCGCUGGCCCUGGACGAUCAGUCGAGAUCAUAAGACAGUAUGGAACACAUGACGAAGUAAACACCAUGGUCGAUGGGCAGUAUAAAAGCAAUGCUGACCGUGGUGCUGGGACAGAUGGUACUUGUAUUAAAUCUUAUAGUGAACAUGAAGAGCAAGUCUUAAUGGAUGGAAUUGCUCAAUCUCAGCAGUCGGUAGGUUCAGUCUCUUGUCCAGUGACCUCUAGGCGCAUGUCUGGCAGCUCUUCUUCCUCUUUAGACAGUGAGUCCGAGAUGGAGACAGAACAGAAAACGGAUGCCUCGGCGUCCAGUUCUGUGUCCAGCGCCCCACACCUGAGCUGUGGACCACAACACAUUGCAAAAUCAACGACAUACGCAGCCAGUGCGGCAAAGCAGCCCAUCAAACUCAGCCCUACUCCUUACAAACCUCAAAUCAAGACUCCUCAUCCUAACAAUCACGCUCCGGCUCUUCAGUACUGCAAGUCAAGGUCAAUGUCUGAGGAAAAGAGUUCUGGGAAGACUGCCAAAGUAAAGGAAGGGAGCUGGAGGACACAGAGAAGGACACAGGAGGACAAUGAGGAAGUGGACAGUGAAUCCUCUCAAGAAGAAGGGAAUGGACAUGAACAGGAUUAUUGGAAAGCAUGUUACCAAGCCUGGGAAGAAUAUUACAACUCUUUGAGUUCAGCCUAUUACUACCGCUCACAUUAUAACUGGCUGGCUGCAUAUCGCAUGAAUGCUGUUUACAUGAUGGAAAUGAUGAAGCGCUGAUUCAACAACAAUAGAAAUGCAAGAAACCUGGUGUCAGAUGUCCAGCACCUGUAGGAGGUCUGAAUCUGAGAGAAUCUGCACUAGUGGCAAAAUGAAAAGUCAGAUGACAAGCCAUUAAGAGAAACUGCUGAAUUAUGGCACUGUUUACUAUAUCAUGGAUCAAUUAAUAAUCCUCACUUUACAGUGUAUUUAUACCAUUGGCUAAUAAAGUUCUCCUAAUUGAAAUAA